UAGAGUGGGGACGAGCAAGCGCGGUUGCGAGAGCGACGCCAGAGGGCCAAAACUUGUAGAGCCUUUGAGCUCGUUACAUCGAGAGAAUUAAUAAAGUUGUUCAUUAGGGAAUUCCACCGUGUCUUAUUCUCCCAAUAUCUUCCAGACGCUGACCUGGAAGUCAGCAGCUUUACCAAGCGGAUCACCUCCACGGACAGCUUCUACUGCAUUUACUCUAAAAAAUAAUCUUAAAGAGCUCUCAAGAAAGAUAAGUAUUCAGAUGUCUAAAAGUCCGCCAGUGUUUAUUGGGUAACUGAACAAUCGAUUACUUGAAGCUUUAAUCUAAAGACAAAAAGUUUUCAAACAUGAUGAAGUACUUGUAUAGUAAUGUAUCUUUUACUUGUAUAUUGAUUUUGAUGUAUGCAAUAGUUGCAAAUAUUAAUGCUCAAAAUAAUUGCAAUCAAUCAACGUGCGAACAAUUUUGUGGAAUAAUGAAAUUGAAUGGUACCUGCAGACAAAACGAAUGUGAUUGUAUAUUAGGAAAAUGCAACGUAAUAUUCGAGAAAACUUGCGAGUAUAUUUGUAAGAAAGUAGAAUUGAAGGGAGAGUGUAAUAAAGAUGGUUACUGCAUUUGCAAAGCUGAACUCGAACUUUGUUAUCCGAGCGACUGCGAACAACAAUGUAUGGAAGAUGUUAGAGCUAAACAAUGCAUGGCGCAAGGUGGAUUUGUAGUACCUGGUUUUUGUAUGAAGUAUGGCCCAAUAAAAAUGUGCACUUGCAUUUGUAAUCUUCCAGGAAAGAAGAACAAAUUUUCAGUGCCACUAAGAAAUCAUUCAAUGUUUUCUACCAUUUACAAUGCUAAAGAAGUCAUUCAAAUAUAAUCAUCGCUAAUUUUUGUAAUUUUAAAAUAAAUGUAAUGAAUAAAUUGCAAUGAAAAUACAUUUUCAAUGAUAAAAUUAA